CAGAGAAGAAUGCUGUUGGAAAGUGGCAAAUGUCGCAGUGAAGCUGAGCCUAGUUUGCUAUCAGCCAGAAGUUCUGCAGCAGUGCAAAGAUUGUAGCACAGGAUCCUAAAGAUCACCUCCUGAACAGGCUCCUCCAAUUCAAAGUUAUGGCUGUUUUAGGAACGGGGUUGCUUUAAAGUAAAAUGAAAGAGGAGCCUUAUGGAGGGAUGGUCUGCUUUUCCCAUAGAUCUGGCUUCUGAGAUUUGUUAGUCAUUUCCUGUAUGACGAUUAUAACCAGAACCCUGAUAGCAUCAAAUACAAUGAAAUAGUUUCCUUUUAUAUCCUUUCGAGAAUCCCUGAGAACGUGAUGAAGUGCUUUGUGGAAGGACCUGAGAAAGACACUGAUGGGCGCUGCACAGGCUCUCCAGGACACACUUGGGUCCAGUUUCUAAGUAGGAGUUUGGGGAAACACCGUGUGAGGAUCCCAUUGUGGGUGUGACAGCUGGCAAGAUGAUCUGAGCCUGUAGCACAUCUGCUCCUGUGAAGCUCUCCAGUCUGCAUCAAGAAAGCUGCGUGAGAGGAAGGUGGAGCAGCAGCGGUUUCGCAAUGAGCAUGCCACUCCUCACCGCAGGAAGAGCCAGCCCUACUUACUGGAGCCAGCCCAGCAUGAUGGCUUACAGCAGAGCUUGGCACCAUGGGCUGCUGAAGCAAGCUGGCUCCUAUAAGGAUGAGUAUGACUGGACCCACUGUGAAGCCAGUGCUUUGAGCGAAGUCCCCAUCACAGUGUUCAUCUGCCUCUGUGGACUGGUGGGCAAUGGGGCUGUCCUCUGGAUACUCAGACCCCACAUCCGCAGGAACUUCUUCACCAUCUACAUCUUCAACCUGGCCAUGGCUGACUUCACUUUCCUCUUCUCCAUCGUCAUUGCUCUCAUGAUAUUCUAUGGCCCACAGAGCUUUUGUCACAGUCUGGGUUCGCAGGACAUGAUGACUGUGUUGAACAUGGCCAUCACCUUCACUUUCAUUGCUGGUGUAUACCUUAUGGCAGCCCUGGGGGCCAGGACCUCCCUGUCUGCCCUCCCAUGGCCCCUCUGCCCAUGCCAGAACUCUUGGUGCUUGCCAGCACUCCUGUGUGCCCUGCUCUGGGCCCUCGCCCUCUUGCUCACUGCGACCCUCUAUUUCUCCCCACUGAUGCUAGUGGCCUUUGUCCUCAGCUACCUCUUGUCGGUGCUUAUCCUAAUUCUUUCUGGUUUAACCCUCUUUGCCAAGCUCUUACGCUGCUCAUGGCAACAUCCCCGAAGGAAGCUCUGCAUUGCAGUCUUGCUUGCUGUCCUCUCCUUCCCUUUCUUCACUGCUGACUUUGCUUACCGGCUCUUGCUAAGGCUGUUUGAUAUUUCAGUUCUUGCUUUUGACACCUCUCUCCUAUUUGCAUGUAUGAACAGCAGUAUCAAACCUGUCCUUUACUUCCUCUCUGGGUGCUGUAUGAAGAAGUUCACAGUCUCUGUUAGGGCUGCUUGCCAGAGGGCUUUCAAAGAGGUAAUGGAGCCAGAAAAUGUAGGCGAAACUCCACAAGAAAGCACAGUGGGAAUGGAUGUUUAAUCCAUCUGAACCUUUUGCUUGGAAUCUGGCCCACCCAACAGGACUGAGCUCUCUGCUUCAAAAGGAGCUUGCCCUACUCUGUGUGCAACUAAAGCAGAGCCACGGAGGCUCUCAGUUCCUCAUGGUGCUUUGCUUUGGGGUGUCUGAUGAAGGUCUGAGUGCUGCUGGGUAGGAGCAUCUGUGCAAAGACUGUGUGGAGACCUCCGAUUCAGAUCUUGAACAGUCAAGCAAGGCAAAGGAACCUCUACACAAGCAGCAUGAUUUCUCCUUUGGGAUGUUUUCAGCUUUUUGGACAAAGCUUUUGUGGACAUAUUGAAAAGAGAAACAUGUCUUAAAAUCCUUGGAGCUGUUUUCCUGCAAGGACACUCUCGCGGUUAAGAGCGUGAAAAGAAUGGAUCAUACUUACAUUACCUACUCCACACUACUGAAUUACAUUAAAUUACUUAUGGUACAUA